GAGGAUUAUGAGGAAGUGGGAGAGGUUAAAGAGUAAAAAGUAAAGAUUCUGAUUAAGAUAAAGAAAGUGAAGAAAGAAAGGGGGACCAAUGGAGAGUUCUACUGUUUACAAUCUUUCUCGUUACCUCCCUUCGUCUACUUCUCUAGAAGAUCCCCCGGCACUCCUUUGCUCAAUCUUUACCGGAGAUGAAGAGACUCCGGCGGUGUCUCUCCGCCGAUAGCCGCCGCUCUUGCUCAGCUCCAUUACUUCAUGUUAGAAAACUCACAUCAAAUGAAAUGAAGAAAGCAACUGAUAGAUUUAGCAUGAUUAUGGGAAGUGAUUCUGAUGGAGCUUUAUACAGAGCAAGAUUUCCUGAUGGGCUCAUCGCCGCGGUUAAAAAGGUUAAAGAUGAAGAACAAGGAAAGGUUACAUUCCAUACUGAUGUGCAAUACUUAGCUCGAUUGCAUCAUCGUCAUGUCGUUAAAUUAGUAGGCUUUUCUGAAGGGCCUGAGAGAUGUCUUGUGUUCGAACACAUGGAAAAUGGAAGCCUGAGGGAUUGGCUUCAUGAUCCACUGAAGACUCCAUUGAAUUGGAGAACAAGAUUACAGAUUGCCAUUGAUGUUGCAGCUGCUUUGGAAUACAUUUACUAUUUCUGUGAUCCGCCUGUCUAUCAUGUGACAAUUAAUUCAAAUAAUGUGAUGUUGGACAAUAACUUUGUUGCUAAGGUCUCUAAUGUUGGAAUCCUAGACUGUAAUUGCAGCAACAAUAGCGAUUUGAUUGAUAAUCAGCCAAGAGGAAAACUUAAUCAAAGAAACAGGGAUACAGUAUUUCAGUUUGGUGUGCUGAUCCUUGAACUCAUAACGGGUCAGUCCAUGGGCGACGAGGAUGAGCCGCUUCGAUGGAUUCAAGGGUCGGGAUUCGCCUACUCGAUGCACAAAAUGGUGGAUGCUGAUCUUGGAGGAAAUUAUGAUUCAAGAGAGCUCAAAAGUCUUCUAAUUAUUGCAAGAUUGUGUACUAAAGCUGACGAAGAAUCGAUCAUUUCGAUCCCUCAAAUACUUCGAUAUCUUCAAGGAAAGAUAGAUCCUACACACUGACUUGUAAAUGUUGAAGUAUUGCUCAAGUGUUUUGUAGUAAAAUAAUGAAGGGAAAAUGAUAGGGGUGUUUGAUGACUAGCAUUUUUUUUUUCUU